AAACGACAAUGGAUCCAGAUAAUUUUAUUAACACACACACAAUUUCAGUAAACAGUAAGAACUUUAAUAAAACAAAUGACAAAUUCUACAGCGGUGUUGCAAAAAUCGAUUCAACAAAAAACAAUAUUCCCGGAUACAACUCGACAAUUACAACUACUCCUGCAACAUUAAGCCCGAUGUUCAUAAACAAUACAACCCAAAGCUGGGUAGAAACACUUCUGGCAUCUGAUGACGACGAACAGGAAGACACUUGGGAAGAUUCCUUAAUAAUCGCUUUGAAAUCUUCUAUUAUGGGUUUCAUAAUAAUGGCUGCUUUAUUUGGCAAUCUUUUGGUUAUUGUGAGUGUCAUGAGACAUCGUAAACUCCGAGUUAUAACUAACUACUUCGUAGUGUCGUUAGCACUGGCGGACAUGUUAGUGGCGCUGUGUGCCAUGUGCUUUAACGCGAGCGUCGAGCUGACGGGUGGAACGUGGUUGUUCGGAUAUUUCAUGUGCGACGUGUGGAAUUCCUUGGACGUCUACUUUUCCACGGCGUCCAUCCUACACCUCUGCUGCAUAAGUGUGGACCGCUACUACGCAAUAGUUCAGCCUCUGGAUUAUCCUUUGAUCAUGACACAUGGAAAGUUGGCUAUAAUGCUGGCAGUUGUAUGGUGUUCGCCUGCGCUGGUUUCAUUCGUUCCAAUAUUCAUGGGUUGGUACACAACUGAAGAACAUCUUGAGUUCCGUAUGAAACAUCAAGACGUCUGUGGAUUCACCGUCAAUAAACCGUACGCAGUCAUAUCUUCAAGUGUUUCUUUCUGGGUCCCUGGCGUCAUAAUGAUCUUCAUGUAUUAUCGCAUUUACGUGGAGGCUGAUCGUCAAGAGCGGAUGCUUUACAGGAGCAAGGUGGCCGCGGCGCUUCUCAACAAACACCUGCAGAUCAACGGAAUCAGCGCUGGAAUCACAGCCUUGCAGCAGCCAAUCAACGGCGACGUCAUGCCCGGAGUUGUAUCCGGAUCCGGUGGCCCGGAGUCCGUGUCAGAGCCCAUCACCAGCAGCAGUAAGAUGAAGCGAGAGAGGAAAGCUGCCCGCACCCUCGGAAUCAUCAUGUCGGCCUUCCUCGCGUGCUGGCUUCCGUUCUUCUUAUGGUACAUCAUCACGACCCUCUGCGGAGACAAAGUGUGUUACUGCCCCCCUGUGGUUGUAGCCAUCGUCUUCUGGAUCGGGUACUUCAACUCCGCGUUGAACCCACUUAUCUACGCUUAUUUUAACCGAGAGUUCAGAGCGGCUUUUAAGAAGACACUCCAGUCCUGCUGUUAUCACAUCUUCUUUGUCAGAUCACCUGACAGAAAUGGAUUUUGCAUAAAUACAUGCAGAGGACGCGGUGGGUGUAGUGUUCGAGAAGACGGUAGUACCACGAGAAGAGAUAUAUCUAAUAGUAAUGCAUCUUCGGAGAUCCACAUGAACAAUCAUUUGAGAUCGAAUGGAAGAGGGGCAAGAGAUUCAUCUGGCAGUGGAGGUAUAGUGCAGAACGUCAGUGACGUAAUAGAUUUCAAUGGCGUAGAGUCGGAGGAUGUGAUUUAACCCUUUAAAGCUUUAACAAUCAGAAACUUUGCAUUUUGUAUUUAUUUAUUUCGUAUGACUAUCACGGUGAACAGCGAUUAGAUCCUUAAACAGCGUCAAACAGUUGAUGUUUGUAGCGGUGAAAUGUGGUGUUUUCUUUGCGGUACGGACUGAAUUCUUAAAUAUUAUUUGGGCAAACUAAGGAUUUAAUGGUGCUGCUGUUCUCUACCGAAAGUUUGCGUAAGCUGUAUUUUAUGUUCAAAGAUAUUUUGAAAAAGAAAAAUAUAAUAUUCUACUCGAAUUCUGUGGAUAGUCACAAUAAUAUAUUUAUAUACGGAAAUCGAAUAUUAAUUUCACAGAAAAUUUCGGAGACAUUCGAAGAGAAAACAAAUCAAGUUGUCGGCCAGUGAUACAAUUUUUCCAAAUUCCAUGGAAGACUCAGGAUUGUAAGAUGAGCGCUUGUCCGUUUCGACUGACACAUUUUGAUAUAAUUUUAUAUAAGAAACUGUGAUUAAGAAUUCUUAAUGAAGGGUUUAUAUGCAUCUGUGGACACACUGCCUAACAGAUUUUGUCAUAUUUAUUGUAAUUGGUGAAAUAAUCACGAUAUCGAGCUUACACUGAAUUGAAUCACAUUAAAUAAAUACAAACGCUACAUGAAUGUAACCAGAAUAAUGAAGUGCGUUUCUCGCGUAUCUGGUCAACUAUUAUGCACACAAUUUCGUAAUGGCGUUAGUUAAUUGUUAUAACGUACUUUAAGGUCAAGAACUUCAUAGCCAAAAAAUAACUGAAAGAAUCAUUUGAAAAUUGUGGGAAAAAAUCAUUGAAAUUUCUCAGAAGUUACGUUUUCGUACGGUGUACGGACCAGUAGGAAAUGAUUCUCAUAACGAUAUGUCGCCGUGAUUACUUAAAUGAUGCAUACCUCGUCUUUGUAUACACUUUGUUUCGCAUUUAAAUUAUUCAGGAUAUGUAAUACAUUUCUAGAAUAAUUAACACGUACGUUCAGUAAAUAAAAGAACACGUAAGAAAUAUGUCCACUAGAUACUGUUAUCAGUGUGUACGCUAAUGUAAUAAAACAUUAACGCAAAGAAACAUUUCAAACACAUAUUAUUUUUAUUCACAAGUGGUAUAGAACUUAUGAAACGCUCUGUCUAUAAAAUAAAUUGUGGAACCUUGUAUCUGAGUACAUUUAGAAAGGCAAAAAUUAAUUAGUGGGUUAAGCUGUGUUAUUCUUUAAAAUUUUCCGGGGGCAUCCGGUCGAUUAAAAUUCUCCGAUUCAACUCCAGGUUUGCAGUGUUGCAGGACUCCUCCUCUGACUUUCUGGCUAACAUUCUUCGUGUCGACAAAGCACUGUUUCUUCUUAUUGUAAGAUUAUAUUUUCCACCUCCUAUCUAGAACCAUAAGAGACAUUGCGAUUAAAAAUGUCACCUACUAGGAACCAAUUCCCGGUCAUCCCGCAAUGUGGGCGAACGCGUUGCCAAUUGAACUGUCGAAAAGACAACCAAGUGACCUCCUAUUACAAGUCUUAAGAAGUAACACCAUAGAUUAAAACGACGUUACAAAACAAAACAAGCCAGCAAGUCAGAGGAAGGUCUACUGAAGACCUUGUCAAAUCGGAGAUAUUCAAUCGAGUAGGUUUCAUUCUUAAGAAUAUCCAAGGUCUAUUAGAAACAAUCUCCAACAAUUUUUAAUAUUAUCAUUAACAAUUGAAUGUAUGUCCUCGACGGACGAAAAACAUUCUUUCAUCUGUCACAAUUGUUCGUCAAAAUAAUGAGACGUAGCAGAUGUUCCCUUCAUAGUCUUUGCUUAGUUAGCUCCUGAAAAUUCAGUCUGUAGUGUAAUAAUUUCUUAUCUGUAGUACUUGGUGGCAGGCAAAAUUCUGCUUUACUCCUGAACGAAGUGAUUGUGAUGCUCAAACCAAACACAACGCAACACAAGUGGGAAGCCGUCAGUCGACAACAAUUUUUGGCAAUAUCACUAAAUUGAAGUGCGGGAGACCUAGCUGUUCUUUGCAUCUCUCUCGAGUACAAUUGAAGAAAUAGCCAACUACUAGUUUUUUUACAACACACUGUAAAAUUCUGUACACACUUCACAAGCACAGAAUAUUUUAUUAUUUUAUUUAGAAUGUAAAAUAAUCAACCUAUAAAGUUUAAAGUUUGGUUACAAAUUAAGUGAACAGUUAACGUACACUGGGAACACCAAAGUUAAUUCGGCAGACAUCGAAAUACUGUGGAAAUUGUUACUAAAAUAUUUCACUGCAUUUGUAGUCGGUGCUUCUAUUCAACUGGGCGAGUUCAGAAUGGAAAUUAUAAAAAUAAAAAGUAAUAAAAGUUUAAAACAACGCUCGGUAUAUCAACAUUUUAAAGCACAGUAAUUUAUUUAAUAUAACUUUUUAUUGAAGGUCAAACUUUCGCUAAUGUACAUCUUAGGCUCAUGUACCAUUGGAUUCGAUAAUCGACGUACUAGGAGAAAAAGAUUAAACUAACCUAUACCAAAAAAAAAUAACCCACAUAAUAGAUUAAAACUGCCAAGCAGAACCUGAAAAUUUUAUUAUUGUGGGUCAGAAAAGUUUCCCUGUUAAAAAAUUCUUAAGUAUAAUAUUUUAUUCAAGAGGCAUUUGUCUCUCAGUUAUAGAACACAUUUGGAAUAUAAACCACUUAAUUAAAAUCUGUCCAUGUUGUGCCAAGUAAAUAAAACAUAAAGUAAUUUACAUGUAAAUUCAUUAAUUCGAUCAAUCGUUUUCAAUUUGGACUUUGACUUACGUCAUUUUAUGAAAACGUUUACACAGCCUACACCGAAAUCUGACUAACAAAAGAAAACGUAAUUCUCAAUAAGUAAUUCCCACCAAUCGCAACGACAUAAUUUUUAUUUCAAGAGCAAUUAUUUGCUUUAUCGAAAAGUUGAAUCAAACGUCCAAUGAUGACAUUCCACGAUGUGUAAUAUUUUCUAUGGUGUUAACACGGUUGCCGUAUAACAGCCUUACUAAAAAUCAGAACAAAAUUAUCAAUGCGAAACUAAAAAUUAACUUACACAGCAAACGUAUUACACUAAAUCAGACAUUUUAACAUUAUUUCAAAAUACAAAAGAAAUUAUAUCGAGCCAAGACCAUAUGUUAUUAGUUCGCGUAAUAAUGACGUAUGAAAAUUCAAUAUUCACAUUUAACUCAAUUUCGUUAAUCUAAAAGCAGUCUUUUGUUUGUUACUGACAAGAGCAAUUGUUUUUGUCGAAUACGAGGCCAAAUCAAUUGUGGUCUGCUUACGUACUGCACAUACAAAUGGAGUAAUACAAGGUGUUCUUACGUCAUGAUCUCGUUGUAAUUUAAUAUGUUACACCUCCAUGUAAUAACCAACUACAUGCAUGAAUCAGGGUGAUUUUCGAAACAAUAAUAGUUGCUCAACUAGUCAAGAUAUUCUUUACCUUUCAUGAAACUCCAAGCUUCUCUCCUGUGUUCACAUCAGCCCGGCGAUGAAUCCUGUCCCAGGCUCAAAAAAUCCAGUCUUCAUCCUCACACUUUAUGUAAAACAUUUUUAAUAUUAUCCUCCCUUAUAUGCCUGUAUCACCCAAGUGAUAACUUCUCUUCAGGUUUUAUAUGUACUUAUCGUGUCUCCCAUACGUGUUAUUAAAUAGGGCUUCAAUAUUUAAUGUUGACUGGAAAUAAGACAUGUGAUAUAAACCAAACAUCUACGAGGCGCGUCCACAAAGU